AUGGCUAGAACUAAACAAACUGCAAGAAAGUCUACUGGUGGUAAGGCCCCAAGAAAACAGUUAGCCUCUAAGGCUGCCAGAAAAUCUGCUCCAUCUACCGGUGGUGUCAAGAAACCUCACAGAUAUAAGCCAGGUACCGUUGCUUUGAGAGAAAUCAGAAGAUUCCAAAAAUCUACAGAAUUGUUGAUCAGAAAGUUGCCAUUCCAAAGAUUGGUUAGAGAAAUUGCUCAGGAUUUCAAGACCGAUUUGAGAUUCCAAUCUUCCGCUAUUGGUGCUUUACAGGAGUCCGUUGAAGCUUACUUAGUCUCUUUGUUUGAGGACACCAAUUUGUGUGCCAUUCACGCCAAGAGAGUUACCAUUCAAAAGAAGGACAUCCAAUUGGCCAGAAGAUUGAGAGGUGAGAGAUCAUAA